GUCAUUAGAGCUAAACUUUCAGUAGCUGAAAUAAACUUUAGCCAACACACAAUAUAAACAAGUUUAGACAUUUUUCAUCUAGAAAUUUAAGAGAAAACAUGUUUUUACUACGGAAACCAGCACCAGAAUUUAGUUCCGUUGCGGUGACAUCCGUCAAUGGAUUCAGGACGAUGACACUACACGAGUAUCGCGGCAGAUAUGUGAUUUUGCUCUUUUAUCCGGCGGACUUCUCAUUUGUCUGUCCAACGGAACUGCAAGCGUUCAGCGAUCGCGCCCAGGAGUUUCGCAAUGUGGGCUGUGAGAUUAUUGCCUGUUCGACGGACAGUCAUUUUGCUCACUGCGUCUGGAUCAUGCAGCCCCGCAAGCAGGGCGGACUCGGUGACAUGGAUAUACCCCUAUUAGCGGAUAAGUCCAUGAAGAUUGCUCGGGACUACAACAUGCUAGACGAGACCACAGGCCUCGCCCACCGUGGCAUGUAUAUUAUCGACCGUGUUGGUAUUGUACGGCAUAUAUCCGUUAACGACCUGGGCGUGGGACGCAGUGUGGAAGAGGCUCUGCGUCUGGUGCAGGCCUUUCAAUUUACCGACGAGUUCGGUGAGGUCUGUCCGGUUAAUUGGCGGCCAGGUGCAAAGACCAUGAAACCGGACAAUGCUGGCAAAGCCGAAUACUUUAAGUUUGCCAGUUAAAUUAUACAUAUAGAUGCAAACAAACAUAAAGGAGUGCAAGUAUAAAACACAUAAUACCCCAGAUUAAUAAACUAUAAGAAAAUAAAUUGUCGAUAUUUGAUUGAAAAAUGGUUUCCAACGAACAGUACAGACGAAGCAAAGAUUUUAGUGAGAUCUGAAGAAACACAUUCUAUAUCUUAAAAAAAAUUUAAUUUGUAUGAAAAAAAAAAUAAAGUGAUCAACUUUUGUAUUGUAAA